GGCUCGGCCUGGGAGCCGCCCGGGACCCCCGCGCGCCCCUCCAGCGCCCCACUUUCCGGCCGGGAGGCCAAGCGGGCAGAUGGGCUCCAGGCGGAGGCCUCUGGGCCGCUCCUAUUCGGGCAACGGCCGCUUCUCGGCGUACAGCCCCGCCGGCCCGGGCAGCGACGGCGAGGACAACGGCCCUCUGGUGGAGAGCCGGCCCGAAAGGCGCAGCUACUUGCUCAGCGUGCGCCCGGAGAACAGCUUACCAACCAACAGAUUAUCUCCCUCCAACUUUGGAAGGAGCACAUUCUGCACAAUUAUUGCACAGCUGACGGAGGAGACUCAACCGCUUUUUGAAACUACCCUUAAAUCCUAUUCUGUGUCCGAGGAAGCUGAUGCCAAAUUCACUUGCAUUGUGACAGGAUACCCCCAGCCAGAAGUGACCUGGUACAAAGAUGAUGAAGAGAUGGACAGAUACUGUGGAUUGCCAAAGUAUGAGAUCUUCCGUCACGGGAACCGACACACACUGCAGUUGUACAACUGCAGAGAGGACGAUGCGGCCAUUUACCAGGCCUCGGCUAGAAACAGCAAGGGCAUCGUGUCCUGUUCAGGCGUCUUGGAGGUCGGAACUAUGACAGAGUAUAAAAUCCACCAGAGGUGGUUUGCCAAGCUGAAGCGGAAGGCUGAAGCCAAGUUGCGAGAGAUAGAGCAGAGCAGGAAGCGAGGGAAGGAGAACGUGGAAGUGGAGCAGCUGAGGAGAGUGAGCCCAGACCGGUUCCAGCGAAAACGCCGGCUGACGGGGGAAGUGGGCAUGCGCUCUGGCACCUCCCUCUGGGACAAGGAAGAGGUGGCCAAGGUGCACGUUCCUGAUCUGAAAGCGAGAUUCAAUGAGGACAGCCAUGCCAAGAACAAAGAGCCUUCUCUGGAUACGGCAGCCCUCUUCUCAAACAAUUUCAUCACCAGACCUCUGGAUGUGGAAGUGACGACCAAUGGGGACUCUUCUCUUGAGAGCGGAGAGGAAAAUGGGGAAGAGAAUGCCAAUGGCUUUCUUACAUAUAUCUAUGAGACAGUGGAGAUUAUAACCAGCAAGCCUACAAACAAAGAGUCUGCUGCUAAGAAGAAGAAGAAAGAGGAGAAAGCCAUUGACCUGCUGAACGCGAAACAGGACAUUUCUCAACAAACCAGGAUGCAGCUGAAGAGAACCAUCGCGACACAGAAAAACGCCACGCCCACCGUUGCACCCGAACGCACACCCUCAGCAGUGACAAAUGGGGAGCUGAUAGAAACAGAGUCCAAACAGGUUCCAAGCCAGAUUCUGAGAAACUCAGCACCCCUGUAUUCCAAUACAGAUGUGUACUUUUCUCUGAAAGACAUGUAUUUCGAUAUCGGAGCAAAGCUCAAAACUGAAGAGGAGGCACCGAAGGAAAAUGUGGAGGGAACUGAUACAUACCACCUAGCCAUGGAUGUUUCCAGUGUAGAAGAGACCCUUCCAGUUUGGACAAGGGCUGUGCCAGAGGAAAUGUCAACUGAGCCCCAGGCAGAAGAGGAAGCGGAGGGAAAUGAUGUCCGCGAGACUAAGAUCACCAGCACAGCAGCUGCUGAAACAGCCGAGGAGUCUAAUGUGGAAUUAACCCGGCCUCCUAAGUGGACCUCAGAGUCCACACCAGAGGUGGAAUGUUCACUCCACGUGACGGAGAUUCCGGGCAAAAACGGCUCGGAAACAGAGCUUCAGACUCCCAGCCGGGCAUCGGAGGCUGGCCUCACCGAGAGAAACGAAGGGGAGACGUUUGAGGAAAACAUACGAGAAACAGACUUGCUGGAUUCCCUCCCCAUUGAUGUGGAAGCAGCCCUGCAGCCCCAGGACACUGUGGGGCCACAUGUGGAUUCACUCUCGCAGGAAGCAGCAGGAAACUCACAGCAGGCCUCCUUGGAAGAGCAGCUGCGCAGCGAAGGGCCUUGUGAGGUUGCCAAAAACUCGAAACCAGCCUUUUUCACUACCUACAACACACCGCAACUUCCAGAUGCUGGAAUGGUCAAAGAAACUAACCAGAUAGCUGGCUACCUCACAUUAAGGGAAGAAUCCCCCAUAGAGCCAGAGACCAAAUGGCCCAAGGAGAGGUCCAGUCCCAGUCCAGAGAUCCAAGAGCCAAGCGUGGUGGUGGUAAGCCAGGAAGGUAACCAGUAUAGCCCAGGGACUUCCUCGAACCCCCCAACUCUUUCCCUUGAUGUUACACAGCCCAGUGGGGAAGAGCACCUACUUUUGGAAGAAGAGGUGGAGACGUAUGCUCCAGUUUUUGGAAGAGAUGAAAAUCAGCACAGACUAUCUCCAAAUCAUGGGAGUAAGGAGACGGCUACUGCUGGUUUUCUGCCCCAGAGAGCUGAUCUCGAGACUAGACCGAUACGUUGUUUGGACCAGAGUGUCCCUCAGACUGAAGCAGCGACCAGUGGAAAGCAAGAAGAGGCGUUUGAAUUGCUGAGGGAUGAUGGGCCCGACCUGAAAAUGGAUUUGGGCCUUGAAGAGGAGAGGAUGGUGUCAGCCAGACCACUGCUGAUUCCCGAGGCUCCUCUAGAACCUCCUGUUCAUUGCCAGGAUGUUCUGGAAAAGCCACCUUCAAGUCCCCCAGUGGCGAUACCUCGGGUGUUCCAUGGACCUCAAGCGCCUUCUCCUGUCAAAGAUGACCUCACUGAGAGGAGCCAAUCAGUGGCCAGUUUGCUGAGGGAUGUGAAGAGAGAUCUGGACUCUUGGCAGCCAGUGAGGACUGCGCCUUCGGAACCAGCCCAGCAAGUGGAUAGAAUGUCCAUAGAAGGGAGUCACAUCAAGGAAUCGCUCUCCACUCCUCAGAUGGACGAAGAAGAUCAGCAGAAGGCUUUAUCUCUUGGCCAGAAACUGGAGAUGAGUGUGAGGGAAGGGGAGAGAACAGCCUCAAGCACUCCUUUAGCGCAGGAUUCACCACAGCCAGAGACUGCGAUGGAGGAGGAUGAAAUCCCGGAUAAGAAACAGCAGAAGAAUCUGGUGACUUCCUUGAAAAAUUAUUUGCUCCUUCUCUUAAAGAUGACCUCAGAGUCGGAUAAAAGCAAGGAGAGUCCGAAGCAGGAAACCAAGGCGGUGGAGGAAAGGACUCCCCCCACUGCUCUUCCAAGGCACGUCACAGAUGUGGGUAUUGCUGGGCUAACCCCCAGAACCUCAAGGAAGAUCUUUGAACGGGUUGAAAACAACCAACUCUUCCAGAGUGCAGAGAGCCUGCAACUGACUCCCAAGACUUCCCGGAGGCUCACCGGAAUGAUCAAUCAAGAGCUGCUUGCCUGCCAAGAAAGCCUGGUGGCUGAAUCAAAAGUAGCGCCUCCUUUGCCCUGUGUGCCCGCCAUUGUGGUAGGGGGUGUUUCUGUUGAGCCGACGGGGCCUCCCGGUCUGCCUCCAGAGGUUUCCAGCGAGGGGCCAGCAGCCCUACCUAGCGCUACCCCUCAGGAGCUGGCACUGGGAGCACGUCGUAAAAUAUUCCUGCCCAAAGCCAAGCAAGCUGAUGAAAUGGAAGGGGUAGCCCCAGAGGGCCAGACACUCACCAAAAAGGACAGUCCCGCCGUGUCUCCGCAGCAGAGCCGGAGGAAUGCAGCUCUUUUGCAAACCCCGGUCCCAGCGCCGUCUCCUCCCGUGGAGAGGCGCUCCCCGUCCCUUGCCAGAAAGAUGGCGACGUUAGAGGUUCCAAAGAUAUAUGAGGAGACCACCGAAGAAAGUAAGAACGUGACAGACCACGCCGUGGGAGUCCCGGAGAAACGUGAAGAGGCUCCUCCUGAAGGGCAAACAGGAGAAUCCCGGAAAGCCAAUGACCCAUUUAAAGCCCCACAGGUGAUCCGCAAGAUCCGAGCAGAGCAGUUCUCAGAUGCUUCCGGCAACCUGAAACUUUGGUGUCAGUUCUUCAACAUUUUGAGUGACUCAAAGCUGACCUGGUAUAAAGAUGAGAUUCCUGUGACGGAGACCAGAAGAAGCUCGGGGGAUGAAGGGCAGGCGGCCCUGGCCAUCGUGCAGGUGUCCUUGAGGGACUGCGGCGUCUAUCAGUGCACCAUCCAGAAUGAAUAUGGCACCGACUCCACUGACUACCUGCUGAGUGCUGAAGUGCUGUCAGGAUAUAUCUCCAAAGAAGAAAUAGAAGCUGGCGAGGAGAUUGAGAUGACGCCCAUGGUGUUUGCCAAAGGCCUGGCUGACUCUGGCUUCUGGGGGGACAAGUUCUUUGGCCGGAUCAUGGUGGAGGACCUGGAGGUGGGCCAAGGCUUCCUGCGCAAGGCAUGCCGUGCCCGGGCCAUUUACGGCCUGGAGCCGGUCUUUGAGUCGGGGCACACGGGCAUUAUCAAAAUCCGCAACCUCAUUGCCUUCGGUGGGCGCAGCGAGAACACGCUGAUGGAGAGGAACUAUGACAUCACCAUCCAGGAGUGCAAAAUCCAGAACUCGAGCCGAGAAUACUGCAAAAUCUUUGCGGCAGAGGCACGAGCCAUCCCUGCCUUCGGGGCAGUGCCUGAAAUAAUCCCCGUUUACCUGAUCUACCGUCCGGCCAACAAUAUUCCCUAUGCGACCAUGGAGGAGGACUUGCCUGGCCUGUUUGAACGCUAUUGUGGGCGAGAGCGAGACGGCAGCCUGGCUGCAGCCAGUGCCUCCGAGGUUGGGCACAAGUGUUGCGCCUUCCAGCACUGGCUGUACCAGUGGACAAAUGGCAACAUUUUGGUGACGGAUUUGGAAGGUGUCGGGUGGAAGGUCACCAACGUGAGGAUUGCUACCAAAACAAAAGGGUAUCAAGGCCUGAAGGACAGCUGUUGCCCUGCCUUGCUGGAACACUUUGUCGCAUCCCACCAGUGUAACCGUUACUGCGAGCUGCUGGCCUUGAAGAGCCUCGAAACGCCUCAGCCUCCAGCCAAAGGCAAAGGUUCCAGGAGCCCCAUUGCUAGCAGGAAGGCCCCGUCUGCCCAGUCCAGCCCUCAGCUCCAGAAGAAAGGUCUCUCUAGCCCCCAGCCCCCCCGGAGAGGUUCAGUGAGCCCCAAGAGCACCCGCAAAUGCCCUGAGGUGGCAGAAUCACAGCCACUCGUGAGGCCCAAAGCAGGGGACAAUGGCAAGGCUGGCCAGCUGCAGUGAAGGCAUGGGGACCUUCACAGAUGUGCAUUGCAUGUGCCUGGAGAGGGGACACGGCAGCCACUGCCCUGCCCUCCCGUGGCCCCUUCCCUCCAAUGUGUGAGGCCUGUGUGUGAUGUUUGAGGAAGGGAGCCAUGCUGUGCCUUGGAGACGGCCCUGCCUGGGCACUGCUGUCUGAGUGGCUUUUUGAAGGGCUCAGAAGAAAAGAGAGAGAUAAAUAUGGACUGUGAACCCAGCCAUUUUGGACCUUGCAAGCCUCAGGCAGAGAGGCAGUUUCUUGCCCACAAAACCCCCACACGGGGCAGGAGACUAGCGCUCUGCUCGUGCCUGCGUGGCUUUGCUGGGCCUCCAUUGUCUGUGGUAGAUGUCAAGAGUUGUCCUUGUGCCAUGGGCUGCCCUUGUGGAUCCCCGUAGGAGGGAUUCACAGGUUGAGAAGCCAGGGCACCUUUGUAUGUGGCUCUCUUGGGGGAACAGGAGUGGGGCCUGCAAUUGACUUCGUCCUGCACAAGGCCUGUAUUCUUGGCUCACUUCCCCUCACUCCCCUCUCCAGUUCCCCCUGAUUUCUGUGGGCCGCAACCCACAGGAAGCCAUGUGACCCCUUCCUGUCUUUGCCCCACAUGCUUUACUCAGCGCACCCCGUGGAGACCCCAGCAAACACGAGGGGAAAGUGGUGUUCUUGGUUGACAGGAUGGGGAACUCUUUACAAGGGCUUCAUUAAUGGUGGAUGUCUGGAUGUCGUGGUUGCUUGCCCACAUCAGCACUUUGGGCAACUGAAAUGCCAUGCGAUUUUGUGGCUGAUAAGUUUAGACAAUGAUUAGAAAGGGCAGGGGGCGGGUGGGCUGGGUGCUGCUUGUCAAGCGACAUGGAGUGUCAUAGACUCAUCUUCCUCUCUUUUUCCUCUCCCUACCCUUGAAUAGCACGACUCCUGUUAACAACCUCAAAUAGCAGUGACCGACUAUUGUAAAGAUUGUCUGUGAGAUAGAUAAGUCUCUUCCUUAGAAUGGCACCUGAUUUCUGUUAACCCUGACCAGUCUGCUGCCAAUAUUCCCCUUAACGUUAUGUGCCCGUUACAGACCCGCUUUCCUGGUGUGCUAUAAAUUCCCCUGUAGCACUUCCUAAGUUGAUGAGCAGCCCUGAUGGGUACAUCAAAAUCGAGCUGCCCAUAACCGUAACUUUUCCUUCUGCAGCUUCUCCUGGACUACCUUCAAGUAGUGGUCACGGGCCAGCCUUUCUGUAUAAACUUGAGUCAUCUAGCAGGGCUUGGCACCUCUUUUAUUCUAGCUACUGCCUUCCUGUCAUAACCAUCCUAGACAGAGAGUUGUUUAGGAGCAAAGAGGGAAUGUGAUGACGAUGUCGUGAACGGCUAGAGUUAGCAAAGGAUUCAGGUGUCAUUCUUGACAGUUUUCGAUAAAAAUCUCUCUGCUAGCAGAUGUUGGGGAAAAAACUUUCUCUACCUGGAGAAUUGACAGUACUGAGUUGGAUGAACCAAUGGUCUGACUCAGUAUAGGGCAGCCUCAUAUUCUUCCAGCCCCUGGAUUCCCUUUACUCUCAGCAGCUCCAGAGUUUUGCAAACUCUUUGGCACAAAUAAUUGUGCCCGAUAGUUCACUUCCGGUGUCAGAGGUGGAUUGGCCAUUGAACUUGCAGCGGAAGUUCCUUGGUGGAUCUCUAGCAGCCAGGAGCAAGCAGAGCCUUGACCCAGUAGUUCUACCAGCAUUGCAGGGGCUGCUCAGCUCCAACUUGGCCAGUAAUGCCAACAAGGGGCUCACUCAUUGCCUCUUCGUGCAUUGCUAUUGGCUCUUCCCCCCAUGCCAAUCUCCCCCUCCCUCGAAGAAGUAGCCCCAGUGGCUGCAUUUGGCGAAGAAGAAACCCAUCUUCUGACAACAUAAUGUGUUGUUCCGCUUUAAGUAACUGAUGGAAGGGCAGACAUGAGUUAAUGGAUGGAGACCAAAGCAGACUUGCAUACCUGUCCUGAUGACCCCAUAGU